AUGACCGAGUUCUGGGUUAGUCAGGGUAACAAGUGGUGUGACGUUUGCAAAAUUUAUAUAUCCAACAACCCGGCCAGCAUUAGAAACCAUGACCUCGGAACACGUCACAAGGAUAAUGUUACCAAGAAGCUCAAUACCAUGCGACAAGACAAAGUUGCAAAGGAGAAAGAACAGAAGGAAGCAGCUCGUGUCCUGGAACAAAUUGAAGCUAAAGCUAAGCGCAGUUAUCAGAAGGACCUGGCAGUUUUCCGGGAAUCAAGAGAUUCUAAUACACAGGCAUUGGUUUCUGAAGACAGUGGUCAGGGGAUUGCUGAAGGAUCCACAUUUUCUGGAGAGUGGGAACAGGACAGUUCAUCAGGCUAUUACUACAAUCAAAAGACUAAUUGUUACUACGAUCCAAACUCUGGCUUCUACUAUACAGAUGCUCUAGGCAAGUGGGUGACACAAGAAGAGGCGCUCGCCGCAUCUCAAGUUUCUUCAGAGUCCAUCCAAAGGAAACCUAGUUCAGGAAAGCCACCAUCAACAUCCGAGAACAGACCAGCUGCUGAAACAAAAAGUAUCUCUCUAAGUGGACCUCCACCUGGGCAUGUUGUGUCGGCACCACUCAAUCCGAUGAGAUCCGUGAAAGGCGUUGCUUCUCAACUUACUGUCAAUAAGAGGAAAAGAUCAGCUGAAAAGCCAAAAGCUAUGUCUGCAGCGGAAGCUGCUGCCCUUAAGGCGAGGGAAGCUGCGAGAAAGAGAGUUGAAGAAAGAGAGAAGUCAUUACUUGGUCUUUAUAAGCAUUGA